AUGUGGUUCCUGGUUCUGUGCCUCGCCCUGUCCCUGGGGGGCACUGGUGCCGCGCCCCCCAUCCUGUCCCGGAUCAUUGGAGGCUGGGAGUGCCAGAAAAAUUCCCAGCCCUGGCAGGUGGCUGUGUACGAUUACAAUAAGCCGGAGUGUGGGGGUGUCCUGAUAGACCCCAAGUGGGUGCUCACGGCCGCCCACUGCAGGAGCGAGAAUUACCAGGUCUGGCUGGGCAUCCACAACCUGGAAGAGCCUGAAGAGACAGCCCAGUAUGCCCAAGUCAGUGGCAGCUUCUCACACCCAGACUAUGAUCUGAGCCUCCUGAAGAACCACUCCCACAACCCAGGCACGGACUACAGCCAUGACAUCAUGCUGCUCCGUCUGAAGGAGCCUGCGCAGAUCACAGACUCGGUGAAGGUCCUGGACCUGCCCACCACGGAGCCUGAAGUGGGGAUCACCUGCAUCGCCUCAGGAUGGGGCAGCACCGAUCCACAUGGGGAAGUAUACCCAGAUGAUAUGCAGUGUGUGGACCUCCAACUCUUGUCCAAUGAUGUAUGUGCCAGUGCCCACCUCCAGAAGGUAACGGAGUAUAUGCUGUGUGCUGGGCAGAUGGAUGGUGGCAAAGACACUUGUGUGCCCCCAGGUCACUCACCCAGAGAUGGAGUGGGGUUCAAGUCCAUGAUCAACUUCCCAAACUCCUGGAACCACUCCAACUGUCAUGGAAUCUCCCUGUGCCCCAGCUGCAGUUUGAAUCCUGUAAACAGCAACAGAGAUCAAGAAACACAGAAAAAGGGGUAAAAAGAUCUAAACCCCAUGGGACAUAGCCUGAACACUGGAGAGAGACAAACGAGCUUCCAGGUGACCAUGGAGGUGCUGGGAAGGAAGGCUUGAGGCAGUUGGCAGGCUGUUGAAUACAUUGGGAACUGGUCCUGCCCAGCAUCUUCUCAUGUUCCAGAGGCCCCAAUUUGGCUCCCAGAACAACCAGCCAGGUGUCCUUCCAAUUCUUCUCAACAGCCCCUACACCAGUACCGAAGACACUACACCAAAUAGUCACAGUAGCCGAGUUGGUAUCCAGGAGCCUCCACCAAUAAUCCAGUUGCUGAAUUGUAACCGAACGCGUUUCGGGUCCUUGUCCUGUUCUACUGGCUGAGUGAAAUAAGACAGACACCAGUUGCAAGGGAAACAGAAAGUGGUAAGUUUAUUAUCUGUGCAGAAAAGGGGCAAUGUGGGGUCUAGUGACCAGAAGACCACGAGAUCCCUGAGCUGGGGAUUUGGGAA